AUGACAAUCCUCAACGGGGGCGAGGCCUCGCUACCCUCCAAGAUCCCCUUUUGGCGCCUGAUUUUCGACCAAAAAGUCAUCACCGAAGAAGUCGCCAGAUACCCCUACUCGGGGUCUGGCACUGAAGAUGAUCCUUAUGCGAUUAUGUGGAUCCCAAACGAUCCCCGGAACCCGAUGAACUUCCACUCUGCCAAGAAAUGGGCUAUCACGAUCCUAGUCUCAUUUGUUACUUUGGCAGUGGCCUUGGUAUCAUCUGCCUACUCUGGUGGAAUGAGCCAGAUCAUGGAAGACUUUGACGUGGCGGAAGAGAUCGUCAUUCUGGGUGUAUCGCUUUUUGUUUUGGGAUUUGCCAUCGGACCUCUAAUCUGGGCACCACUCAGUGAAAUCUUCGGUCGCCGUCACAUCUUUACUAUCAGUUUUACCUUCCUGACGGCCUUUAACGCCGGUGCUGCAGGAUCUAAGAAUAUCGAGACCCUUAUCAUCCUCCGGUUCCUAGCUGGUUGCUUUGGUUCUUCGCCUUUCGGAAAUGCAGGCGGUACCAUUGCAGAUAUGUUCACUGCCUCACAACGUGGUAUUGCCAUUAGCUUAUUCGCCGCAGCACCUUUCCUGGGUCCAACCAUAGGACCUGUUAUCGGAGGUUUCCUUGCCUCUGGAGCAGGAUGGCGUUGGGUCGAGGGAUUCCUUGCUGCCUUUUCCGGUCUGCUCUGGUUGUGUAUUAUUUUCCUUCUUCCAGAGACAUAUGCUCCUGUUCUUCUCCGUCGCCGAGCAGCCAAGCUUUCCGAGAUGACCGGGCAAGUAUAUCGCAGCAAGCUUGAUAUAGAGCGUGGGCCGGCACCCUUGGGUAAGACACUUAAGACGGCCCUGUCACGUCCGUGGAUUUUGUUGUUCCGCGAGCCAAUCGUGCUUCUCUGUUCAAUCUAUAUGGCCAUUAUCUACGGAACUCUCUAUAUGCUUUUCGCCGCUUUCCCAAUCGUGUUCCAGGAAGUCCGUGGCUGGAGUGAAGGCAUUGGCGGUCUUGCCUUUAUGGGUAUUCUGGUGGGAAUGAUCUGCGCUGUUGCUUACACCUUCCCCGAGAAUAUGCGCUACGCGAAGAAGUGCGCCGCAACAACCGAUCGUCUCGCACCCGAGCUCCGACUUCCUCCUGCAAUGGUCGGUGGUAUUGCUCUACCAAUCGGCCUCUUCUGGUUCGCCUGGACAAACUCUCCCAGCAUUCACUGGAUGGUAUCUAUCGCAGCAGGCGCUCCAUUUGGAUUCGGCAUGGUCCUAGUCUUCCUAAGCGUAUUCAACUACCUCAUUGAUUCUUACACUAUUUUCGCUGCAUCAGUUUUGGCCGCCAACUCGGCACUCCGCUCGCUGUUCGGUAUGGCCUUCCCGUUGUUCACAACAUACAUGUAUAACAACUUGGGAAUUCACUGGGCAUCAUCCAUUCCUGCCUUCUUGUCCCUGGUUUGCAUCCCAUUCCCGUUCAUCUUCUACAAAUAUGGUGCUCAGAUUCGCCAACGUUGUACCUAUGCGGCUGAGGCGGAUAGAUUCAUGCAGAAGCUUGCAGAGAAGAACCAAAAGGAGAUCGUCCAGGAGAAAGAGACAGAGACAGAAACAGUUGUCCCGGAUACCGAUCUGCAAGAUGAUAGUGACACCGAUACAUUGUCUACUGUUCCAUCGCGCAUCAGCAUUGGCCGACGCAUGUCUCGCGCCUCGCGGGCAUCUCGGCAGUCUGGACGAUCAUUGAAUCGCGUUGCGACCGCAACACAGUAUGAGGAGAAUCCAUAUGAUUUGGAUUUGGUCAAUACCCGGCAGUCGGCUAUCAGUGGCCAUCAUAAGGACUGA